AUGCUGCUCUCUGGGGAGGACAGCAGUGCCACCCAGAGCAGUUCCAUCGGGGCUGUACGCUGGAACCUGCCCACCCAUGAUGAAAGCAGCCAGCCUCACAGCUCGGUCCCCAGCAGGCCCACCAACAGCCUCAAUAAACAGUCACAGCAACAAGCUCGCCAAAAUGGCCUGAAAGAUCUCCGCAGCCUGCAGGAGUGCGUGCAGUUUAUCCAGCAGUGGAAGGAACAGGUGGAUCAAGUGUGCAAGGAAGCUCUGGAUCCAGGAGAAGGCACCACGAAGGAAGCCCAGAGUUCACACGGGCGCGCCGAACGCAGUCUCGAGGAGAGCAGGAAGCUAAUCCUGCAGUGGGCCGAUGAGCUCCGCGAUGUUGACAGGCUCCUGAAGGAGACUCCCUGGGUAUCUGACAGUCAAGAACACGAAACUAAAGACAAGGAUGCCAAUGAGGUGGCACACAUGAGAAUCAUGGAGUGGGCAAAGGAGCUGCAGGAGGCGAGCGAGCGUUGUGGCGUUCAGAGCGAUGAGCUGGGUAAGGUGCUGCGUGUGCUGACUCUGAAGAAGAACCGGCUGGUCAGGCUGAUGCCUCUGUUGGAGUUUAUCACCUGGUCCCUGCUCAAGGAAGGAAGCACGAAAAUCGUCCCACAGUUGUGGCUCCUGGCAAAGCAAAAGUCCUGGGAAGCAGGAAUUCCUCGAUACAUCCCCAACUCAGUUUGGGGGUGGAUCCGCAGCGCAGCAGCUGAUGUGAUUCUUGACCCCAUGACCAACCACCCAUGGCUGCUGCUUUCAGAUGACCAGCGUAAAGUCCAGGAGUCCCCUGUAGUGUCAGAGCAGCCUCAAAGCUCCCAGCGCUUCAAUGACUGGCCCUGCGUGCUCAGCAGGGAGGGCUUCAGCAGUGGCCGCCAUUACUGGGAGGUGAACAUAGCCAAUAACGGUUACUGGCGCGUGGGCGUGACCACCGCUGACUCCGAGCGGCACGGGAAGUUCACCAUGUCGCCAAAGAAGGGCUACUGGGUGCUGUGGCGCAGCACGCACAAAUUCUACGCCUGCAGCAAGCCAGAAAAGGAGCUCCCCCUCAGCCUCGUGCCCAGGCGCAUGGGGGUCUACUUGGACUACGAAGAAGGGCAGAUCUCCUUCUACAACGCUGAAACCAAGUCCCACAUCUACACCUUCACUGGAACCUUUAGAGAGAAACUGUACCCUCUGUUCGCCCCAUUGGAUGGACGCACGCUCAUGACAAUCAUCCCGCCAAACAACAUCUCAGGGAUAUGA